AGUUUCCCAUUUUCCAUCUCUCUCUCUCCCCCUCCUCUCGUUCUUGUGUUUUAUCAAAAAAUAAACAGAACCACCUUCACUUAGCUAAACAAGAAUUGAGAAAUAGUGAAAGCUUUUUGUUGUUAUUUAAUUAAUUUGAUGGGUGUAAAUUGAGUUGAAACCAGCACCAAAGAAUGAAGGGUUCUUCACCAAAAGGAGGGAGCCACAAUUAUGAUUACUCGUUCAAGAUUUUGCUGACUGGUGAUUCUGGUGUUGGAAAGAGCAGCCUUCUCCUCAGCUUCAUCUCCACUUUUGUUCAAGACUUACCUCCCACCGUUGGUGUGGAUUUUAAGGUCAAGCAGAUUUUAGUUGGCGGAAAUAGAUUGAAGCUUACAAUCUGGGACACAGCGGGACAGGAGAGGUUUGGAACGGUAAUAAGCUCUUAUUACAGAGGUGCACAUGGUAUCAUUCUUGUGUAUGACGUGACACAGCGAGAAACCUUUACAAACUUGUUGAAUAUCUGGGCGAAGGAAGUAGAGACGUACUCCACUAAUCCCGAGUGUAUCAAAAUUCUAGUAGGGAAUAAAGUUGACAGGGAAAACGAGAGGGCUGUAACUCGAGAAGAGGGCAUGGCUCUUGCACAGGAGCAUAAAUGUUUGUUUCUUGAAUGCAGUGCGAAAACUAGAGAAAAUGUUCAACAAUGCUUUAAAGAUCUCACACUGAAGAUGCUGGAGGUGCCGAGUUUACUAGACAGUGGAUCUGUAGAAGUGAAGAGACACAUUUUGAAGCAGAAACAAGAAGAUCGAUUUCCUUGCAAUGGUGAUUGCUGUUCUUAAUGACAACGCUAGAGAACGUUGGUACAAGAAUCGGUGUAAUGACAAUUGGCGGCUGUGUACUCUUCGAAGAGCUUUUGUCAAGCCAUUGCCAUCACUCCCAUUACCAAUUUGAGAACUAAGGGUAUAGUAAAAAGGUUCUGGUUUAGCUAUAUUUGUUUGGACAUCGAACUUAGUAUUACGCAGAAGGUGUUAGGAGUAUGCUUGAGUUUUAGUCAAUUUUCUUAGGGAAUUUCAGUGAAAUACAGAUUAGAGAGCGCUGGUUGGAAAAACAAUAAAAUAAAUCGCUCUCUAUCGAUAAAUGUCUGUAAAUUAUAUGAGAUGUGCAGAAACUGAACAGUACAGAAAACGGCUUCGAUGUACAAAUGGAAAGUGGGAUUUUGCAUCCUUA